GUCAUGCUGAGGAUGCAGGAGUCAUCUGUUCAGGUCAGGUCAAACUGGUUAAUGGCAUUCACCUGUGUUCUGGGAGAGUGGAGGUGAAUUCUCAGAUGACCUGGGGUACGGUGUGUGAUGCUGACUUUGACCUGCAGGAUGCAGAGGUUGUGUGUCGACAGCUGGACUGUGGGGCUGCUGUGAAGGUGCUGGGAGCAGCUGCUUUUGGCAAAGGGGAGGGUCAGGUGUGGUCAGAGGAGAUUCACUGUAGAGGGAACGAAUCCGAGCUUUUCUACUGUCCAAAAUCGCCUUCACAGAGACACAGCUGUUCCCAUGACAAUGAUGUGGGACUUAUAUGUGCUGGCAAUGUGAGGCUGGUGAAUGGUGGUAGUCGCUGUGCUGGGAGAGUGGAGGUUUUUCAUGAUGGACAGUGGGGGACAGUGUGUGGUGAUGGCUGGGAUAUGACUGAUGCUGAAGUGGUGUGUAGAGAACUGGGCUGUAGAGGAGCUUUAGAGGCUCCACAAUAUGGUCAUUUUGGAGCAGGAUCUGGACAAAUCUGGAUGAGUUAUGUGAGCUGUAAAAAGUCAGAUAAGUCACUGAAGGACUGUGGAUCAAAUGGAUGGGGUAAACAUGACUGUUAUCAUUCCUGGGAUGCAGGAGUCAUCUGUUCAGGUCAUGUCAAACUGGUUAAUGGCAUUCACCUGUGUUCUGGGAGAGUAGAGAUGCAUUUUGGGAAGACCUGGGAUACGGUGUGUGAUGCUGACUUUGACCUGCAGGAUGCAGAGGUUGUGUGUCGAGAGCUGGGCUGUGGGGUUCCUGUGAAGGUGCUGGGAGCAGCUGCUUUUGGCAAAGGGGAGGGUCAGGUGUGGUCAGAGGAGAUUCAGUGUACAGGGGAUGAAUCUCUGAUUGCUCACUGUCCUACAUCAGCUUCACGAAGACAGAACUGUUCCCAUGACAAUGACGUGGGACUUAUAUGUACUGGUUACACAGAGUCCAGACUAGUCAACGGCUCUGACCCCUGCUCAGGUCGAGUGGAGCUUAACUACCUGAACAAAUGGGGCACAGUGUGUGAUGCAUCAUGGGAUAUGAAAGCCUCUAACGUCCUCUGUCGGCAGCUGAAUUGUGGGAGUGCCGUGGCCGUAGUGGGGGCGGACUGGUUUGGGGAGGGCAAUGGCAGUGACCCAGUACGGGCCGAUGUGUUUGGUUGCCAGGGGAACGAGACACGCCUCUCAGCAUGUGUCAUCUCUUCAUGGAGUCGAGCUGCAUGCUCUCAUAGGCAGGAUGCUGGAGUCAUCUGCUCUAAGUCCUCCAUAUCUGCGGAUGUUGGACAGAUACGACUGACUGGAGAGGGACAGUGUGAGGGAGAGCUGGAGGUUUAUGUCUCCCAGGGCUGGCAGAAAGUUCUCCUGGACUCCUGGACUGUCACUGAAGCCUCUGUGGUCUGCAGACAGCUGGGCUGUGGUUCUGUGGUAAAGUUUCAUGGUUCCUCUACAUUCAAUUCAGGGGCCAGUGAUAAGUGUCUGACUGGUUUCCAGUGCUCUGGGACUGAAGCUUACCUGGGAAACUGCAGCUCUCCACAAACUACAAACUGCACUUCCAGCCAACAGCUGUCAAUCAUCUGCUCUGGUCAGUAUUAUUCAGCUCACAGGUCCCUCAGACUGGUGGGUUCUGGGAGUGAGUGUGCAGGGCGUCUGGAGGUUUUCCAUGAAGGCUCAUGGGGAACAGUGUGUGAUGACUCCUGGGAUCUGGCGGAAGCCCAGGUGGUGUGCAGACAGCUCCAGUGUGGAGAGGCCCUCAGCGGCCCGGUUCCAGCCUGGUUUGGUCCUGGAACUGGAGCCAUUUGGCUGGAUGAGGUGGAGUGCCUGGGGAACGAGACGUCUCUGUGGAGUUGUUCAUUAAAGGGGUGGGGUCAACAGUCCUGUGGACACAAGGAGGACGUGGGAGUGGUGUGUUCAGAGUUUAAAGAGAUCAGACUGACUGAAGGCUGCUCUGGGAACCUGGAAGUUUUUUACAAUGGAAGCUGGGGUAAUGUCUGCAUGAACCAGAUGGAACCAGACACAGUGUCUUUAAUCUGCCAAGAGCUGAACUGUGGAAAGAGCGGAAGCGUCAGUGACCAGGCCACACCCAGACUGGCUUCAGCUAAAAACUGGCUGGACUCUGUGAGCUGCAGAACACAUGACUCCAGUCUGUGGAACUGUCCAUCUUCACCGUGGGAUCAGAAUGACUGCAAUGCAUUUGAAGUGGCCGAAAUUACCUGUUCAGACAGUGUGAGGCUGGUGAAUGGUGGUAGUCGCUGUGCUGGGAGAGUGGAGGUUUUUCAUGAUGGACAGUGGGGGACAGUGUGUGAUGAUAAAUGGGAUAAGACUGAUGCUGAAGUGGUGUGUAGAGAGCUGGGCUGUGGAAGAGCUCUAGAGGCUCCACAAUACGGUCGUUUUGGAGCAGGAUCAGGAAAAAUCUGGAUGGAUGAAGUGAGCUGCAGUGAGUCAGAUAAGUCACUGAAGGACUGUGUAUCAGAUGGAUGGGGUGUUAGUGACUGUGAACAUGUUGAGGAUGCAGGAGUCAUCUGUUCAGGUCAGGUCAAACUGGUUAAUGGUAUUCACCUGUGUUCUGGGAGAGUAGAGGUGCAUUUUGGGAAUACCUGGGAUACGGUGUGUGAUGCUGACUUUGACCUGCAGGAUGCAGAGGUUGUGUGUCGAGAGCUGGGCUGUGGGGCUGCUGUGAAGGUGCUGGGAGCAGCUGCUUUUGGCAAAGGGGAGGGUCAGGUGUGGUCAGAGGAGAUUCACUGUAGAGGGAAUGAAUCUGAGCUUUUCUACUGUCCAAAAUCACCUUCACAGAGACACAACUGUUCCCAUGACAAUGAUGUGGGACUUAUAUGUACUGGUUACACUGAGUCCAGACUAGUCAACAGCUCUGACCCCUGCUCAGGUCGAGUGGAGCUUAAGUACCUCAACGAAUGGGGCACAGUGUGUGAUGCAUCAUGGGAUAUGAAAGCUUCUAACAUCCUCUGUCGGCAGCUGAAUUGUGGGAGUGCCGUGGCCGUAGUGGGGGCGGACUGGUUUGGGGAGGGCAAUGGCAGUGACCCAGUACGGGCUGAUGUGUUUGGUUGCCAGGGGAAUGAGACACGCCUCUCAGCAUGUGUCAUCUCUUCAUGGAGUCGAGCUGCAUGCUCUCAUAGGCAGGAUGCUGGAGUCAUCUGCUCUAAGUCCUCCAUAUCUGCGGAUGUUGGACAGAUACGACUGACUGGAGAGAGACAGUGUGAGGGAGAGCUGGAGGUUUAUGUCUCCCAGGGCUGGCAGAAAGUUCUCCUGGACUCCUGGACUGUCACUGAAGCCUCUGUGGUCUGCAGACAGCUGGGCUGUGGUUCUGUGGUAAAGUUCCAUGGUUCCUCUCUGUUCAGUCCAGGGGCCAGUGAUAAGUGUCUGACUGGUUUCCAGUGCUCUGGGACUGAAGCUUACCUGGGAAACUGCAGCACUCCACAAACUACAAACUGCACUUCCAGCCAACAGCUGUCAAUCAUCUGCUCUGGUCAGUAUUAAUCAGCUCACAGGUCCCUCAGACUGGUGGGUUCUGGGAGUGAGUGUGCAGGGCGUCUGGAGGUUUUCCAUGAAGGCUCAUGGGGAACAGUGUGUGAUGACUCCUGGGAUCUGGCGGAAGCCCAGGUGGUGUGCAGACAGCUCCAGUGUGGAGAGGCCCUCAGCGGCCCGGUUCCAGCCUGGUUUGGUCCUGGAACUGGAGCCAUUUGGCUGGAUGAGGUGGAGUGCCUGGGGAACGAGACGUCUCUGUGGAGUUGUUCAUUAAAGGGGUGGGGUCAACAGUCCUGUGGACACAAGGAGGACGUGGGAGUGGUGUGUUCAGAGUUUAAAGAGAUCAGACUGACUGAAGGCUGCUCUGGGAACCUGGAGGUUUUUUACAAUGGAAGCUGGGGUAAUGUCUGCAUGAACCAGAUGGAACCAGACACAGUGUCUUUAAUCUGCCAAGAGCUGAACUGUGGAAAGAGCGGCAGCGUCAGUGACGAGGCCACACCCAGACUGGCUUCAGCUAAAAACUGGCUGGACUCUGUGAGCUGCAGAAAACAUGACUCCAGUCUGUGGAACUGUCCAUCUUCACCGUGGGAUCAGAAUGACUGCAGUGUAAAUGAAGUGGCUGAAAUUACCUGUUCAGAGACAGAGACCCUUAACCCACGGAGCUCACUGACAUGCUCUGCAUCUCAGAACCUCAGACCGUGUUCAGACCAUCUACCCCUCAGACUGAAGGGAGGAGAGGACCAGUGCUCUGGGAGACUGGAGGUUUAUCAUGACAGUAUCUGGGGCUCAGUCUGUGAUGAUCUCUGGGACAUUAAAGAUGCUGAGGUGGUG